UAUUCACAUUUGAUGUGUUCAUUGCUGCCUAUUUUGAUAAACGCCGCAUAAAGUGUAAAAAGUCGCACAAGAGAAUUUUUUAAUUGUUUAAAAAUUGGUAAUUUAAAGUCACAUCUACCAAGAAACUAAUCACAUGAUGUCCAUUUUAUUUGUACGAAAUCUCAGUAAAUUCCGUCAAUGUCAUCACAUAAAUUCAAUUCUAAAAUUAACAUCAAGACCAUUGGCCAUAUCAUCAGUCACAUAUCAAAAGAGAAAAGUUCAAAGUGACAAUGCUAUAACAACGUCAAAUGCCAGCGAUCGAACGGAUAUUUCCACAGAUGUUCGGCCGCUCGGUGAACGAAUCAAAGAGAAUACAAAAACGGCAAGUUAUUUUGGUGUUAUUAUGUUUGGGAUUGGCGUGACUGGCAUUAUUAUGUUUGUUGUAUUCAGAGAGCUAUUUUCAUCGGGCAGUGCAAAUAAUGUUUAUUCGGAUGCAUUAAGCGCGUGUAUUAAUGACACACGUAUACAAGAUGCACUGGGAAAUCCAAUUAAAGGUUAUGGCGAAGAGACACGACGAAGGCGGCGCCAACAUGUGGCCCAUUCCAUUUAUGAGCGAAAUGGAAAGCAAUUCAUUCGAAUGCAAUUUUAUAUUCAGGGAAUCCGAAACAAAGCCACCGUUCAUUUAGAAAAAGAAUUGAAUUCAAAUCGCUAUCGAUAUUUAUUCGUGCAAUUAGACCACUAUCCCCGUGAAACAAUCAUCUUGGAAGAUAAUCGCUUAAGUAUCGACGGAUCGGUCGCAUCACAGUCUUUGGAUAGUUUGUAGUUUCUUGUUGAAUCAUUAAAAUAUGUUGAACAUGUACCGAAACGUUCUGGAUUUCAUCAGUUAAUCAAUAAAUUUUUUUCCACGGUAUAA